UCCACACGAGGGCGCUGUCCAUCAUCAGGCGAUUAUUUAAUCCGAACUAGACCUCGAUUAGAUUUCCUACGCGUAUGCAUGACGAUCAAGCUUACUGACAAAAUGCAAUGAUACAAUGAACGAAAUCACCUGUGGUGCUCCUUUAAUCUCAUCCCACGAUGUCAGCAGCAGCAGGUAGUCUAGGCAGAGCGACGGUCCGCGCCAUGCAAGGCCGCAAACGCCUCAUCCCACAAAGGGCAGCCCUGGUCCUGACCAACAGUGCAGUUGAAAAGAUCCAAGGACUUCUACGAGAGAAGCCCGAUGUUGUCGGUUUGCGAGUUGGCGUAAAGACGAGAGGCUGCAACGGCCUGACCUACACACUGGAUUACGCGACGGAGAAGGGAAAGUUUGAUGAGGAAGUGGUGCAGGAUGGUGUGAGGGUCUUUGUCGACUCCAAGGCCCAACUGACGCUCCUGGGCACGGAGAUGGACUACGUGCAGACCAGGCUCAGCGCCGAGUUUGUUUUCAACAACCCAAACAUCAAGGGGGUCUGCGGAUGCGGGGAGAGCUUUAACGUCUGACGGACUGGACGUCUCAAGGCUGUGUACAGAGAACUGUUUUUGGGGGGGUAGGUGGGGACCCAUAAUUGGAGAGAGGGCGGGGCAACUGUUUGGGGAAGGAUAAGGCAACUUUAUCAGGAAGGGUCAGCAGCCGGGAAGUUAAUGAUGAGAAUGAUUGCCCUAUCUUGACUUGGGGCUUUCCGUACAGCCCUCAAACCAACAGUUCAAAUACUUCUGAACUGACAGCGAAGUAGUGGAUAUUGUCUAAUGGUAAUUAAACCUAUGUGCCAUUUACUCAUUACUCUUUUGUAAUAUAGGUCACCUUAGAAAUAUACAGUGGUUACUCCAUGGUUGUACUUGUGGUGCUCUAGCCAUGGACUGUAAUAUGCUCGGGGCAUUUUUAGGAGGGACUCUCCAGAAUUUGUCACAAUCCUAUACUUCGGGGGAAAACCAUUCCACAUUCUCUGUACUUCAACUUUCAGUGGGCAUCAAACCCCAUUUAAUGUAAUAGUGGCUGGGUUCCAUCUUCCCAAAUCCUACAAAAUCCUCUAGAACCUCACAAGGGAUUUUGCAAGAUCUGGGAGGAUUUAUAGGGUCAUGCAUGUUCGUGUAGAACGCUGAUCCCCAGUCCAUAGUGAUUCAAGGCUGUAGAAACCAGCCGCUGUUAUGUUACAUUAAGCUCCUUGUUUUCCAAGUUUUGUCUUGCAGUUAGUUGAUGUGGGAUUGAGGAUGCAUUCUGGCCAAACUAUCAAGGGGCUAAUAGCCAAACUAUCAAGGAGCUAAUAGUCAAACUAUCAAGGGGCUAAUAGCCAAACUAUCAAGGGGCUAAUAGCCAAACUAUCAAAGGGUUAAUAGCCAAACUAUCAAAGGGUUAAUAGCCAAACUAUCAAGGGGCUAAUGGACACGUAGGAUUCCAGUAUUUGAAAGAUGUUGUAUGUAAUUGUAUCAAAAGUAAAAUUGAACUGUGCCAGAACACUCGUGUUAUUUGCCAGUGGCAAUUUGGUAAGAAUGAUGACAGAAGUACCAGAAUUUUUAUUUUAUAAAGCACGCACAAUUGUUGAUAAUGGUUGACCGCUGUACGAGAAUCAUCUUUCCAUUUAACGAAUGGAAAUUUUCACUGCUAUGAUGUUGAAGUUCCAAGUAGAAUCAGUGAAUAAUAUUUGGCAAAUUUGCCUUGGUGCUACUGCUGUGAGGUUGUGGCCGCGGCACAAAUCCAUGAUGUGAAAAAGUCAAGUUGGAAGGUAAAUUGCAGUUUGAAUUGUAGUGAAGUGUUGAGUAAUUUACUGGUUCUUCUGAGUGGGCAAGUUUUAAUAGACCAUUCCCAAAUGCAGAUUGUAGAGCAUUAACCCAUGUUGGCUAAUAUCGAGGGAGCAGUAAUCAACUAGUUUCCAGAUAUGCACCCCAUAAUAGUGCUGUAUGCCACGUCCUGUAACAUUUACUGUGUAUAAAUUUUGCCCUCAAGUUCAUAGUCUCUCAGGUUCCUUAAUGUUCAUGUGCACCUCAUUAAAAGUUCUUAGUCAGCUCACCAAUUGCUUCAGUCAGCAUCAGCAAGGCUUAGAGUCUGGGAACACAACUAUUGUGUACUACCACUACUGAAACAUUGUGUACUAUCAAAAAGUUCUACCAAGCAGGGAGUUUCUGAAGAAAGUGCAUAUAUUUGGGAGUCAUUUAAUAUGUACCUCUGUAAUGCGCUAGAGUACUGACCAAUAGUAGAGGUGCAUUUGCUUAUAAAUAUGCAUGAGGUGUACUUUCGCUCUGUUUAUCCAGUGUUUCACAACAGUGGUUCAAAAGUGUUCCUUUAUUUAAAUAAAAGGCUAGAAACUUUGUUGCCUUUUGUUUAUCUGCAAAACCACCUAAAUGUAUGGCAGUGUAGAUGUCUCAAUAUUCUGGAAACAAAUCCACAUACACGUCAAUUACAGCAUAUGUACAUUUUUAACUUUUACUCUGGGUGGAAGCUUUUUACAAAUGGCUGAAGCAGCACGGGCGUUUUUGUCAAAUAUUGGAUUUUUUAAAUGGUGAUUUGUGGCAUUGCCGAGUGGAGGAAUUUAGUUGUACAGUAUUUUUGACGAUGAAGUAUUUAAUUUGACUGGAAUGUUGCAAAGAAAUAAAAUGUUUUACUUGCUAACAAUG